CUCCCCCCUAUUGUUCUCGUCCCUCCGCGCCCCCCGUUAAUCCCCCCUCAAUCUGGGGCGGGGGCGGGCGGGGGGACCCCCCCAGUCCCGCCGGUCCAUGGUGAGGCGGAGGCGCCGGCAGCACCCAGAGUCAAGCCUUGAAAACACAAGGUUGGAAAACUUGAUCUGAGCAGCACCUCCCUGACAUAUGAUACUAUCUCGAAACAGCCCCUGACAAGUGAACCCUCUCAUUGAAAUCAUAAUGGUGAAUAACACUGAAGACCCUCAAGCGGCUUUGUAACGUCCCAUCCUCAUGUAAAGUAUGCUCAGAACUUUUCCAGUAGUCCUGCUGGAAACCAUGUCUCACUACACGGACGAGCCAAGAUUCACCAUAGAGCAGAUCGACCUCCUGCAGCGCCUGAGACGCACGGGAAUGACCAGGCAUGAGAUCCUGCACGCCCUGGAGACCUUGGACCGUCUCGACCAAGAGCAUAGCGACAAAUUCGGGAGAAGGUCUGGCUACGGAGGCGGCUCCUACACCAACAGCACCAACAACGUCCCGGCGUCUUCCUCGACGGCCACGGCUUCCACACAGACCCAGCACUCCGGGAUGUCCCCAUCCCCGAGCAACAGUUACGACACCUCCCCACAGCCUUGCACUACGAAUCAGAACGGGAGGGAGAGUAACGAGAGGUUGUCUGCCUUCAACGGGAAGAUGUCACCCACCCGCUACCCCCUGGCCAACAGCCUGGCCCAGAGGUCCUACAGCUUCGAGGCUUCCGAGGAGGACUUGGACAUCGACGACAAAGUGGAGGAGCUGAUGAGGAGGGACAGCAGUGUGAUAAAGGAGGAAAUCAAAGCCUUCCUCGCCAACCGGAGAAUUUCCCAAGCAGUUGUUGCACAGGUAACAGGUAUCAGUCAGAGCCGGAUCUCCCAUUGGCUGUUGCAGCAGGGGUCGGACCUGAGUGAACAAAAGAAAAGGGCAUUUUACAGAUGGUACCAGCUUGAGAAGACAAAUCCUGGGGCUACACUAAGCAUGAGACCCGCUCCCAUCCCAAUAGAAGAGCCAGAAUGGAGACAGACGCCUCCCCCAGUCACAGCUACCUCUGGGACCUUCAGACUACGGCGAGGCAGUCGGUUCACGUGGAGAAAGGAGUGCCUGGCUGUUAUGGAAAGUUACUUCAAUGAGAAUCAAUACCCUGACGAGGCAAAGAGAGAAGAAAUUGCCAACGCCUGUAAUGCAGUUAUACAAAAACCAGGAAAAAAGUUAUCGGAUUUGGAGCGAGUUACCUCCCUCAAAGUGUACAACUGGUUUGCCAACAGGAGGAAGGAGAUCAAGAGAAGAGCCAAUAUCGAAGCAGCAAUCCUGGAGAGCCAUGGAAUAGAUGUACAGAGUCCGGGAGGUCAUUCCAACAGUGACGACGUGGAUGGCAACGACUACUCGGAGCAGGACACUUGGCAAGUACGCAACGGGGAGGAGGAGGGACGAUGUUCCGAGGGAGGCAGAGAAGCAGAGAAGGUAGAAGAAGACAGGAGGAUCUGCUCCAAACAAGAUGACAGCACUAGCCAUAGUGACCACCAAGACCCCAUUUCCUUAGCCGUGGAGAUGGCAGCAGUCAACCACACCAUCCUGGCGCUGGCCCGGCAAGGAGCCAACGAGAUCAAGACAGAGGCUCUCGACGACGACUGAUGCCAAGAAAGGGGAGGGUCAAAGCAAGAAGUAACUUAGUUUUAGACGUAGCACCUUAGCAGACUUUCCUCGGUCCUUAAUAUGUGUUCUUACAGUAUAACUUUGCAGUUUCUUGUACGUCAGUUAGCUGUUAGGGUCUUGUUCUGUGAAGAUGGCAUGGUGCCCUCAGCCUUUGCAUAUACUCUCUCAGUAUUAAUUCCCAAUAAAUAAUCAAUCAACCAACCAACCUCCCUCUCCCGGCCCCCAGUGGCUAGAAAGAUAAAAACAAAAACACAAAAAAAUCUUGCUGCUCUGUCUUAGCAUUCAAAGUGCUUCCAGGUAUUUUAGACAGCCCUCAAUUACAAGUCUUAGGCUACACUUAAAAUCUUGGAUAACCUUAGAGAUCGUGUUGAAACCGAUAGUCCGUACGCUUUCCCUUCCCUGAGACUGAAAGGAUGCAAGCUGAGGUAGUGGCACAGGGUCGAUGGACACCAGAUCGGGAGUAUCAACAGAGAGUAAAAAGAACACUUAGAAACCCCACUCCAGCAUGGGAAUAAAUGAUUUCCAGCUGCAAUAAGCCGUGCCUCACUGGUCAUACAGUGACUCCGUUUACUUUCGGGUGCUGUGCUGAGAAUGUCCAUUGGAAACACAUUCCCACAUUUCGGUUGAUGCUCACAUAUUCAACACAGACAUCCUCUACUCUCACAAGCUGCGUGGCUUAGUGGAGAAGUGCUGCCUUCUGCCUCUGGGACCAUGGUUGAAGCCCAGCCUGGGAUCAAAUGAAAAAUGAGUUGAAUGUCUAAUGGACAGCAGUCCACUUCUCAGAACCACUGCUCGUUCUUGGCAUGGCUGGCAGUGCCUGCUCAGAAGAGGUCUAGACUCUUACCCAUCUGUCAUUAACAAUUUCACCUUUAAUUCCUCCUCUCUCACCUUUUCUGUCCCCACCCUACUCCCCUCUCCACUUUGCCACUUUCGAAAGCAAUGUUUCCCAGGAAGGUUCUUAAGGUCCUAAAAUGGGUGAGUGGAUUUUUACACGUCUGUGUAAGUAAUGCCUACGUCCUGACUAGCCUGAAAGGUUACUGGAGAAUUCGACAUCUGACCUUUGCUAGAUAACCAUCAGAGCAUAAAUAUUCUCCUAAAUAUGAACUUUUUUUGUUUGUUUAAAGGCAGGAGGAUCUCUUACCUGAGAAAUGGGGUGUGAAUGUUUUGUGUUCUCUUUACUCUGUCUUUGUUAAGGUGUGAGAAAGCUCUACUGCUACGAGCAAUUUAAUUAAUAAUUGGAAGCCAUACUGAUAAUGGAUGUGGUAAUAUUUGUAAAGCAAACCUACUCUAAGUAGCAGGAACUAAUGGAAUUGUUUUCCUUGAUCAUAUGUAGCACUUUUGUUACUUUUUUCUUAAAGAUAUUUAUAUUUGAUAAGUCUUUUUUUUAUCAUUUGAGUAUUCCAAAUACCAAACAGCAAACUUGCAUUACAGAGUCACCCUGCGAUCACCUUGUCAUCUAGUAUCUAAAUGAUGAACUGUGUGUGCAUCUAAGAAAAUUACAUCUGCUAGCAUUGUGUGGAAAUGAUCUCCUGGCAUCCUGAUAAAAUGAUAUGUUGCUGCCGGUAAGAGGAAACAUUUUGAUGGAAACAGCACGGGAAGUGUUAGAGACGGGCAGGGCUGUGUUACAUUAACAGAGAACAAAUUAAAAACCUAUGGAAAUUUUUGUAUAGAGGUACAUACAUAAAAGUUUGCAUAGCGAUUCCUCCACAUCCUGCUUUAUCUUCCCAGUUUGUGUGGGAAUAGCUUAAAGAGAGGAAAGCAGCUCGAUCUGAAGGUUUGGUUUCCCUUCGCUCCCCUCCACUUUCGAGGUGGAGCGAAGGGAAGUUGCUGUACCUUGUUCUCAUCCCUUCCUCCCUCUGAACUCUCAGAGAGCAUCAUGACCCCUCCAGUGUGGCUCCUCAGCAGGUUUUGAGCCAGGCUGAGCCCUCCAGAUCAGCUUCCCCUCUGUCCAUCCGGACCAAGCUGCUCCCCCAAGUGCCGAGGAGAUCCUGUGCUCUCAGAGGGCACCGUGGUGCCACCUCUUCGUCCCUUUGAAGAUCUAUAGGUAGGGCUUGGCCUCAGCUUCCACUUAUGGAUUUAAUUGGAAAAUUUAUGUGCUUUCCUUAGAUAUAGAUCACUGGAGCAGAAUGAAGCUGUCUUUUUUUUUCUGUUUUAUUGCAUUUCUUGAGUAGGCAAAUUCGUGAGUAGAGUCAGGGCAGACUCAGGAAAGGCAGGACUUGGAUCAGUGACCAUUGCACCACUGCAGUUAUUUUCUUACUGCCUGUAUGAAUGUUUUGGUACUAAGGAGUGAAAGGAUGGGGAGAGCUUUUAUUUCUAUUUUUGCACAGCAGAAUGAUCAAGCAAACUCGAGCCUUAGUGGAAUUUUACCUGCUUAUUCAUUCCACAGUCAUACACUGAGCUGACAAGCAACAUCCACAAUUUAUAGUAAGGAGAUUUUAAUAAUCGAUGACCUCUUUACGUUGGGCUUGCCACCACCAUUUGUUCUGGCUGUUUCAUUUUAAAAAGAACAGACUCAAACUGUUGGACAGCUGCAAUUUUAAAAGAAAUAUUGCUUACUAUGGUAUCUGUAAAAAAAAAAAAAAGGCAUUGUUUGAGGCUUUGCCUUUUUAAAGCAAUAGGGAAGAAUAAAAGUAGUACUAGAACAUCUGUAUCCUGAUUAUAGGUUCAUGUGAUGCAGGAUCAAAGUAACACCACUGAAAUUGUGUGUCUGUACCAUCUAAUGUAGAAUAAUCUGGUCUUAAUUCUGUUACUCACUGUCAGGAAGCUGCUGACAUCCCACACCAGUAUCUUCUCUGAAGGUUAAACAGGUAAAAAACCCCUUGUGAGCGACUGGAGAUGGGCAGAUCCUCCUGGGAUGUAGCUUCCUGGUAAAUACCAGUUUUCUGCCUUCCCACAUCAUCAUUUUACCAGGGAAAAUAUCAAAUAUCUGGGGUAUCAACCCCUUGGUUCCGUGGGGUCUGUGUUUGGGGUGUGUCUGUUCUGGCUUCUCUUUGGCCGUGCAGAGGCACGAGGAAUGAAUGGGACCUCAGAGGAACAAGUGGGACCUCAGCUGUCCCCAGGAUGCUCCUGGCAGGCUGUUCCCUCCAUCUGGAAGUUCAGAGUGAGCCUUUUGAAGUUGGUCAAUCCCUUUUUGGUUUGAAGUGAAUUAUCUGUAAUGGGACAGAUGCUGGUGUGAUGGUACCGAGACAAGCGAGCGUGAUCUGGAGUAAGUGAAAGAAUUGGUGGAGGCUGUGUUCUGGAAUUCAGCCUUUCUUCUGGGGGGUUUUCCACCAUGUGGGAGUCAUCUUUGUCUUUCUGUCUGUGGGUUUCCUUGGAAAUGAAGCCUCAUUUUUGUAGCACUGCAAUGGAGUGGCAGUUUGUUGUAGGCAGUCUGGAGUCACUGCAGUUUGUUCUCUCUGGGUUCCCUUGAAGUGGCUCUGGUAGCAGAUCCGAGCUACCUUUUUGUUCUGUGAACAGAGAAGAAGUUAAUUUAAGAAGCUCCUCAUCUGUGAUGGUCACAGAUUGCUUUUACCUUCGUAGAGUGAGUUGUGGCUGAUAUUUUGUCCCUCAUAAAGUCCUUUUACUUGAGUUGUUGUCUCUGACCGUCUUCUUAAAACAACAAUUUCUACCUCCACUUCUUUUCUGGAUUGUUUUGGUGUUGGGCUUUUUUUAGUUCCCCCACCUUUUUCCUGAAGUACAAGAUCCCAAACGUUUGCAAAAGCCUUAUGAGUUGGUCAAAAUCAGCAAAUUUGUUUUCUGUUGGUCUUCUAAAUACUCUGCAGACACACAUGUGGUCGUAGUGAAACCUGUGCUGGAUGUGAGUCUGCAGUGCACCCUUGUAGCAAUUAAGGAAUCUCAUUGAGAGCCUUCAGGAGGUCGUGGAAAGGGUUUAGUCCCCUCUGUCCAUCAUUUGUGGGACCAUGGUGUGGGCAGGAGCAGGGAGAUGGGAGGGUUGGAGCACAUGGUGCGUGGUGGGAGAUUGCAGGAGCUGGGUUUGUCCAGGCUGGCUCUGGGGAUAUCCCAGAUUCUGGGGUUUAACUGUCUUAAUAAAUUAGUUUUAACUUGGGGGUCCAGUGCAGGGUCAGGAGUUGGACUUUGAUGAUCCUUCUGGGUCUCUUCCAACUCAGGAUUUUCUGUGAUUCCAGAGAAGAUGGAGCCAGGCUCUUCUCAGAGGUGUGCGGCAAAAACCUGAGGGGCAGAGGGCUAAAGCUGCAUUAAGGAAAAUCCCAGAUGGGUAUAAACAGAAUUUUCAUGCUCACUGGUAGAACACUGGCCCAGAAAGGCGGUGAAAUUCCCAUCCUUGGGUAUAUUCAAAACUCAACUGGAUAGGGUUGGAUUA